ACAUAUCAAGACACCAAACGAAGUUGAACAUAUCAAGAAAAAACAGACCGAAGAUUUCCUCUGCUGCCGCGUUAGUUCAGAGUUUAUUUGUCGAGUCAUUUUGAGUUAACUCGUAAAAUCUUGAUUCCAUGUGUGAGUGUGUGACCUGUGACUCAUUUCCCUCAAUUCAUCUAUCGGAGUCGGCUGCUCCAUACAUCCAUGGCAUUUUUAGGAAGCCCCAAACUUCAGGCGCAAGGUCUCAGGAUGAUGGUUCGAUCGCAUACGCUUCUCCACAGAAUCUCAUUUUUCAGACGAUUCUCUUAUUCUCUCCCUAUACAAACGCUGCUAAAACGUGGUUUCACUCCGACCAUCAAACACUUCAACCAAUUGCUUAUGGUUCUCUGUCAAGACCUUCAAUUCAAGAUAGUACUUAAUUUAUUUUCUCAGAUGAACUCCAAUCAUAUUAAAAUCGACAACCUUUCUCGCUCAAUAAUAGUUAAGGUCCUGCUCAGGGAGCAGAGAUACACAGAAGCGGAACAGUUCAUCAAGACCCAGACGGGACAGUCUCAUAUUUGGGAUUCUCUAAUUCAAGGCAUCUGCAUCAACCAAAAUAACCCAGGUAAAGCUUUUUCAUUAUUGCGGGAUUGCUUGAACAUCAAUGGUAUGGUGCCCUCGUCUUCUACCUUCCGCUCGUUAAUUUACAGUUUUUGCUCACAAGGAAAUAUGGAUUGUGCUGUUGAAGUUCUGGAGAUAAUGGCUAACGAGAAAAUUAGAUACCCUUUUGAUAAUUUCGUUUGUAGUUCAGUAAUUUCAGGGUUCUGUAGGAUAGGUAAACCUGAACUAGCAGAUGAGUUCUACAAGCAUGCUGAAAACACAGGCGCAUUAAGGCCUAAUAUUGCGACUUAUACAGCACUUUUAAGUGCUUAUUGUAGGUUAGGCAGAUUCAAUGAUGCUUACAAUUUGGUUUCCAUUAUAGAACAGAAUGAAGGAUUAGCUUUCGAUAUUGUGUUCUACAGUAGUUGGAUAUAUGAUCAUUUCAAGUUGGGUCAUAUAGAGAAGGCCUUACACAAGCAUAAAGAGAUUCUAGAGAAUAAUAAUGUAAAGAUGGAUAUCAUUUCUUACUCCAUACUAAUCGAUGGGUUUUCAAAGGAAGGACUAGUUGAGAAAUCUAUCGGUUUCUUGCAUAAAAUGAAGAAGGAUGGAUUGGAACCAAAUGUAGUCAUUUACACUGCAAUUAUGUUUGGAUUCUGUUUGAAAGGAAAAGUUGAUAAUGCAUUUUCAGUAUUCAAUUUCAUCGAGGAAUCUGGGAUUAUAAUGGAUGAACUUGCAUACGCAACCUUACUAGACGGGUUAUGCAAGAUAGGUGAUCUUGAUCGUGCCUUUCAUCUGCUCGAUGAAAUGGAAGGAAAAGGAAUUAAACCAAGCAUCGUCACUUAUAACAUAGUUAUUAAUGGUUUAUGCAGAGUUGGAAGAACUUCGGAUGCAAAUACAUACUCAAAGGAAUGGAAAUCUUGUGCUGAUAUUGUCACCUAUAGUACGUUGCUCCACGGGUAUACAAUGGAAGAGAAUCUUGCAGGAAUAUCGGAAAUAAAAACGAGACUACAAACAUCUGGAAUUUGUAUGGAUAUAAUCAUGUGCAACAUCCUCAUAAAAGCGAACUUCAUGGCUGGAUUGUUCGAAGAUGCUGUUGCUGUUUACAAUGGUCUUGAAGGAAUGGGGUUGAUUGCUAAUUCCGUUACUUAUUGCACUAUGAUAGACGGUUACUGUAAAUCAGAUAGGAUGGACGAAGCUCUACAGAUAUUCGACAAGUGUCGUCGUCUACCAUCGUCGGCUUCUUCGGUUUCUUGUUACAGUAGCAUCAUUUACGGACUCUGUAGAUGUGGUAUGCCGGAAAUGGCCAUUGAUGUUCUUAUUGAGCAAAACGAGAGAGGUUUUACCUCAGAUGAAGGUCUUUACUUGGUUUUGAUUGAGGCGAUGUUUGAAAAAAAUGGUGGAAGAGGAGUUUCAGGUUUAGUACAAAUCUUCAGUUCAAUAUCAAACGAUGCCAUUUGUUUCCUCUGCAGAAAGGGUUUCUGUGAAGAUGCUCUGAAUAUUUACAUGUUCACGGAGAAGACGGGUGAUGACAUCAUCUCGGAGAAGUCUUACUACACUAUUUUAACUGCUUUCAUCAAUGACGGUAAAAUGUGGUUAAUUGGUCCGACUUUUAGCAUCUUCUUGAAGAAAUACGGUUUACUUCACCCAAUAGUGCUUAAAUCGUCGGUUUAUUAUUACCUAUACGUUAAAAACGUUGAUUGUGCUAUAAAUUUCCUUUGCAAAACAAACGUUGACUUGUCAACAACCGCUUUACCAUCCAAGAUUCUCGAGGAGUUGAUAAACGACGACAGAGCUUUGGAUGCGUAUAAGUUUGUUAUGGGACUGCAAUGUAUACAGGGUCUCAAAGCGGUUGAUUACUUAAACAUCGUCGACAGUCUUUCUAGAAAAGGGCAUAUCGAUAAGGCUUUAAAUCUUUGUUCAUUAGCCUUGGAAAAUGGUAUAUUGUUUAGUGUUAACGUAUACAAUUCGAUCAUAGAUGGUUUAUGCCGACAAGGAUGUUUUCUUCAGGCUUUAAGACUAUUUAACUCGUUAGAUGAUGUUAACGUGAUUCCUUCGUAUAUCACGUAUGCAACGUUGAUCGAGUAUCUUGCGAAAGAAGGAGAAUUGGUUGAUGCUAAGAGGUUAUUUGACGGGAUGGUCCUUAAAGGGUUUAAGCCAGGUAUACGGAUAUGUAACAUCCUUGUCCAUGGUUUUUUCAAAGUGGGUUUAGUCGAGGAAGCUCAAAGUCUUCUUUUCAGUUUAGAUGCUUGGCAACUUAAAGCAAAUGGGUUCACGGUUAGUGCAGCCAUUUAUGGGUAUUGUCAGAUAGGUGAUUUGGAAGGGGCUCUUCGGUUCUUUGUUGACUUCAGAAGGAAAGAGCAAUUGCCAAGCUUCAUGGGCUUCAUGUAUUUGUUGAGAGGUUUGUUUUCGAAGGGAAGAAUGGAGGAAUGUCGGAACGUAUUGAGGGAGAUGGUUCAGACGGGUUCUGUAUUGAAUCUGUUGAAGAAGGUUGAAAUGCAAGCUCGAACCGAAUCCAUUGUAGAUGUGAUUGUAUUGUUAUGUGAGCAGGGAAGUAUUGGAGAAGCAUUGACCAUUCUCGAAGAGGUUGGGUCAAUGCUUUUCCCUGUUAGGAGGAGCUUCAAAGCUAAUGGUUUCGAUAACCCUUUUGUUGGAUCGGAGGAAAGAUCGAAAUGCGAUGAUGAUGAUGAUUUUCAUUCUUUAUAUAAGUUGCUUUCUUCCUACUGUUCGAAUGGGGAGAUCGAGAGAGCCAAUAAGUUAGUGAAAUUGCUUCCUAAGCUUGUAAAAGGCAUUUCAUGAACAUGCAUGUAUCCAUCUUUUUAGUAGGUGAAUAUUGAUUAUGAUACGUCGUUAUUAGGAAUGAUGCUGAACAUGAUUUAAUGCCAAUCGGUAUGACAAAUCAUGGCUACGAAGAGAUAAAUUGUUGCUCGAGAUUGCUUCCAUACAAUUGAUGGAUCGAAGGUGGUGAUAAUAUGGGCAUGUUGGUGUUUUGUUAUUGAAAACUCGAAAAGGAAUCAAGUAAGACGUAGAUCGAAAGCACAACUGCCGCAUUUGAUUUGCCCCCUAAACAACAUUGAUCGGGAUUUAAUCAUGGAGGUGACAUCAUCCAUUCUUACAAAAAUGUUGGUCCUUGCGGAAGUUGACAGUCAUUCUAACAAAGGAUGUAUCAGAUGCCAUCGCAGCCAACCCAAAAUUGCUUCCUAGUAAGCACUUCGUUAAGCAGUAGUAUUUUUUCCCCUUGAGAGGUUGGUAACAGCUUAGGGAGCUUUCCAUGUGGCAUUUACAUUGAAAACUACAAGGUUGUCAAGACUCAAUUGUCAUGGACUCGGUCAAUCAGAAAAGGGAUAUGGUUGACCAAGAUUAAAUCGUGGGAGUCUAUCGUUCACACUAAUAUCUCUUUUUCGGCUGGAGUGCGAUCCACAGUGGGAUUCUAGCCGAUAGAUGUAUGUUCGAUGGUGUAUGUGCUUCAUUGAGGUGGAGACUACCCUCGUCUAUUUUUGCAUUGUAGUGUAUCGUUUGGUAUUUGGAGUCUUCUUUGGAGCAUGAUUUGUAUAGACUGUGUUAUGGCGGGGACCAUGGGUUAAAUGUUGGAAACUGGGGAUUGAAGCUGCUAUACUUGUGUGUUUGAGACAACAAAAUUAUAUCCCUAUUAUUUUUUUGGGAUCAUUAUGUUGAAACGAAUUAUGUAUAGUAUUAUCAUUCUAACAUUAUUUGAGGUUAAAACUGAAACCGAUAAGUUUGGAGCUAAUUGCAAUGUACAAAUAAUAUUUAUCUUUUAUUGUAA